AUGUUGAUUCUUCCCCCAGUGCCAGCUCCAAAGAUUAAAGGAAUUGACCCUGCUCUGCUACAGAAAGGAAAACUGGAUGAAGUUAGCUCAAUACUUGCCAGCCAUGACAGUUAUAAGCAACAGCUGUGCAUCGAUGACCCUUGGGUAGAAUUCAUUGAGCUUGACCUUGAUGAGCAGGAAGAGAAAAAUGAAGGAACGGACACUGACCGACUCUUGGGAGAAGAAUACCCCAAGACACAUAGCUGCCUGGGUGUCAAAGAUGAUGAUUCUGGCCGGGCCAGCUGUUGUGAACCUGAUAUUCCUGAAACUGACUUCAGCAACAGUGAAACGUGUGAUGGAACAUCGGACACUGGACAGACUCACAACACAAAAGACAACCAAGCCGAUCUCCUGUGCCUUAGUGACAAACCCAACAAUGGAGGAAUGGCCACGAAUUCCCACAUGCCAAAUGUUGAAAAACCAAGCACAAAGCCUGAAGAUGGUAAGUUAAAUCCGUUACUCACUGAUGGCACGACAAAUGUGCCUGCUUCAACCCAGCUAAGGGGUUCAAAGCCGAGCAUGGAUUUCUAUGCUCUUGUAAGCGAUAUCACACCAGCAGGACGACUUCUGCUCUCACCAGGGCAAAGAAUAAAGAUGGAGAAUGAAGAAUGCAGUGAACCAGCACCCACCCAACAUCCCACAACCCUCAACAUGGACAAUGCUUAUAUCUCUGAGUCGGCGGUGACAGCAUUCUGCCCUGUGAAUUUCCCAACAGAGAAUGUCCCACAAAACCCAAGCAUGGAUAGUUAUUUCACACCUGAAAGCCUUACAGCUGCUGCCAUGAGCUCUCGUGCCUCUGAAAAAGCUUCAAGCUACGAGGCGCCCGUGGCGGACUAUACCUCCGUUCACAUAAUGAACUCACCACAAAACCUUGUGCUUAACACUACUGCUCCACCAGGGAAAGAAUUUACCCCACCCUGUGACUACAUGUCCGCAGAUCAAGUGAACAAAGUAAUGCCAUAA